GGGUUUUUUUUAUUAAAGAAAACAGUGUUGAAGUGGGUGGAGGUGAAAGCGCAGUACCCAUUCGAGUAAUAGCGGGAAAAGACGGAAAUAGCUGCCAACGAGGAAAAGGAAGGGUGUGCCGUGAAAUUCCUGCUGCUGUCAAGAUUUCUGAGGCAAAGAAAGAAGUCAGUGGAACACUUUUGACAUUUUCUAACCAAACUUUCUAGAAGCAGAUUAUAAAGACUGAUCUCUGAUGGACAUCUAAUUCAGAAAGUCUCUGUAUUCUAAGUGCACUUUAGUUGGUUUUUAAAUGUAAAACAUUCUAAGCUUUUUAUAAAGCAGAGUGUUUGACCUAUUAAGUUUGUACUUCUGGUGUGUGUGUGUGUGUGUUUAAUUUUUGUGUGUGUGUUCCUAAUUUUUAAAAUGGCAUUUGGUUGCUUUUGUUAUAUAGAUCAAGGAAGUAAAAACCAAUAUAUUAGAACAAAGCAAUACAUGCAUUUGAGAAUAGUGAAAUGCUGUUAAAUCUUAAGGUGUUUUCUUGUCAUGUCUGAAGAUGGCCUAUUGGAGGAGGACAUUUGGGAUUACAAAUCUAUUAGGAAGACAAAGUCCAUAGGCCAGAAUUCAGAAAUCAUCAUUACAAAUGUACAGAAAACAAAUGAUAGAGAGGGUAAGUCACAAAGAAGUGGCAGCAGGAGCAACAGAAAAACAUCAGAGGAAAAAGAAACACCAACAAAAAUGAAAAAGGGACCGAAGCAGAGAGGGAUCCAAAAACCCUUAAAACCAGACCAGCACUUUAGUGUUUCCAAUGAUGACCAUGUUGCACAGUCUCAAGAAAAUGUAUCCGCUUCAGCAAAACGAAAGAAAACAUACAAGAAGCAAAGCACUACAAAUGCCCGGCCAGUUUAUGAAGGAUACUGCCCAAGCUGUCAGAUGCCUCUGUCUUUGCUGCUGGUUGAGACUCCUCAGUGGCAUGUUACUGAAUGUUUGGAUAGUUCAAAGACUGCUGAAAAAGAGUGCCCUGAUGGUCUUCUGUGUACUUCAACCAUUCCUUCUCAUUACAAAAAAUAUACCCAUUUCCUACUUGCUGCAAGCAGAGCAGGGGAUUAUUUCAUUGAAUCCUCACCAUCUAGUAUAGAGAAUAAUAUUUUUGAUUUUGAUGCUGCUCAAUCUGUCAGCUGUAGCACCUUCAAAGCUGGAGCGUCAGAGGAUCUGAAUGAUUCCCAGAAUAUGGGAAAACCUCCAAAAUACUGUCCUCCAAUAACAAAACAGUGCUCAGCAACUACAAGUUCUAUGGAUGUAACUAACAUAAAGCUUUCUCCUCUGGAAAACAUUAAAGAAUUCCAGCAAUAUGAAAUACACUCUGUAGAUGAUACAAAGCAAGCUGAGCAUCCCAAUUCUCUUGCUCAAAAAACUGAAAGUAGUGAGGAUCUGGAGAGUCAGCAUGGCUCACACAAACUAAAUAUGCUAAUCUCAGAAGUUGACAUUAGUGACUGUGACAUUUCUUACUCUCCCCUUAAUACUGAUGGGGAAGGAGCUACAGAAACAGAAGAGGAAGACGAAGUGGAGGGAAAAGCUGGAGUAGCAAAGAAAAGUUUUCAAAAGAGACUUGUUGAUAUUGACAGCCCAGAAAACAAGAGUGAAAAGGCUGGUAGCUGUAUGUUUAGUAAGUCAGUUGGUGCUUCACAGCUUAAAGAAUUUAACCAUUACAGUGUUAAAAUACAAAGUUGCAUAGCAAACAAUGAAUGCUGUGAAACACUAAACACGCUCCAAAGUGUGGAUAACACUUCUGAGUUUCUUUCCCAAGAUAGCAUACUCAGCAACCUUUCUACUUCAACAAAUGAUCUUCUGUUGAAACAUCCCAUAGAAGACUUUACUCUUCCUGGUGAUGAUAAGAGAACCAAGGAAUGGCCUAAACUGUGUCCUUCUGCCUUUAAUACAGGUGAAUGUGGGUGGGGCAAUUCUUACGAUUAUAAUUGGCCCUCUGAAAAUUCUGUUGUUCAGGUCACAUUGCCUUUAGAAUUCAGGGAAGAAGGUAGGCCUUUUCUUCACAGCAAAAGUAGUACCUUAAAUAGUAAAGGUAGAACAAUCACUAGCAUUUGUGGAGACAUAUUAGCUCAUAAUAAUUCAUAUUCCACAAUAGAAAAAGAAGGAAAAUCUUGUAGUACUAUAGCUAUGCCUGUUUCUCCUAGUAUUAUUUCUAAAUCAUUGCCAUAUUUUUCUGCUGCAAAUACUGAAGUCCAAAUCACUCCUCCCAAGCAAUUAAAACAAAUGGACAUUGGUGUUUUCUUUGGACUGCAACCGAAAGCAAAAAUGGAGAGUGACCAAAAGAAAAAUCUUUGUGAGAGAGCACAAACUUUCAGUCCAUCAGCUACUGUGGCAAAGAGGCCCAGAACUCGAAAAAGGAAAGCUGACGGAUCAGUAGGAGACUCGGAUGUAGUCACUGAAGGUGAAAAUGCAAUCCCUGCAGACUCAACAUCUAGUGGACAGAGAAGGUGGAAAAAGAAGUUUAGGGAGUCGUAUUCUGCUGAAGAUGAAACAAGGAAAAAACAGUGUCCCUUCUAUAAGAAGAUACCAGGAACAGGUUUUGUAGUAGAUGCAUUCCAGUAUGGAGAAAUUGAAGGAUGUGUGGCUUAUUUUCUUACACACUUCCAUUCUGAUCAUUAUGGUGGCUUAACGAAAAAGUUUACAUUCCCAAUAUACUGCAAUAAGAUAACUGCAAACUUGGUGAAGAGUAAGCUGAGAGUACAAGAACAGUACAUCCAUGUCCUGCCAAUGGAUACAGAAUGCAUAGUAAAUGGCGUCAGAGUGGUGUUGCUUGGUGCUAAUCAUUGCCCUGGUGCUUCAAUGAUCCUUUUUUCCCUUCCAAAUGGAACUGUUAUAUUACACACAGGAGACUUCAGGGCAGAACCUUCUAUGGAGCGCAAUCUUUUUCUGGUUGGACAGAAAGUUCACACACUCUACUUGGAUACAACAUACUGCAGUCCGGAAUACACUUUCCCUUCCCAGCAAGAAGUUAUACAGUUUGCUGUCAAUACUGCCUUUGAGACAGUGACUUUAAACCCCCGAACUUUGGUUGUUUGUGGCACAUACUCUGUUGGAAAAGAAAAAGUCUUUCUAGGUAUUGCUGAAGUUCUGGGCUCAAAAGUAAGCAUGUCCCAAGACAAAUACAAAACGCUGCAGUGCUUGGAAUUGGCAACAAUAAAUUCCCUCAUCACCUUGGACUGGAACGAUACUCUACUUCACCUUUUGCCCAUGAUGCAAAUUAAUUUUAAGAGUUUGCAGAACCACUUGAACAGAUUUUCUAAGAAUUUUGAUCAAAUUUUGGCUUUUAAACCCACCGGGUGGACUUAUUCAGAUAGGUGUUGCUCCUUGAGGGAUAUCCAACCUCAGACAAGAGGAAAGAUCACUAUAUACGGAAUCCCUUACAGUGAACACAGCAGUUUCCUUGAAAUGAAACGGUUUGUCCAGUGGCUGAAGCCCAACAAAAUUAUCCCUACUGUAAAUAUAGGUAACUGGAAAGCCAGAAAUGAAAUGGAGAAACAUUUCAGAGACUGGAAGAUGGAAACUGCAGGAUGGAACUAGGAGGAAGAAUUGAAGUUGUGCUACAACAGCUGUGUGUGUCAUAUUCCAUUUGAGUGUUUCUGUCCUGGUCAGAAUCAAAGAUCCAUAUUUUCAUGCACAACCAGUGAUACAGUAUUGUUCCAAAUUGCCUAAGCUAUUUUUUUCAGUUAUUUGCCAAAUACUUCAAUGUCACUGAAACUGGUGGAAGUUUCCUCUAGAAUAGGGGUGGGCAAACUUGGCCACCCAUGCUAUAGAAAAAUACUUAAAGAUGUGUAGCUGUGUAAAAUUCUAGGCAUCUCUGUAAGUCUCUUGAUAUCUAAGCUCCCUUAGAUGUCAUUUUGAAAGGUAAGAAAGUUUGGAGAUGAAGAAGCCUAUUAAAUUAUUUUCAGGAUGCUGAUAGGAUUCAAAUACACAUUCCUUUCAGGACAGAUAUGGUGAACAAUAUAUGUUAAAUUGCUGCUUUGUUCUACCUUUUUAUCUGCAAGGAGAAGAACUGUUUAUUACAUCCUACUGUGUAUUGGUGUUCAAGGCAAGGAGUAUUUUAUAUCAUGAGAAUAGCCAUUCCAGUAUGGCUUUUCUUUUGAUAAACAUGUUUAUGUGGUGAUACAGAGAUUGACUUCUCAGUGCAUAUACAGAGAUGAAUAACCUGUGCUCACUCCCAUAGUGCAUAAUGCAUGUACCCUCGUACAUGUAUGCCUGUGUACCAAUGAAACUGUGACAUGGGAGUUGACCCCAAGAAGCAAUUACAUUGACAAAUUGCUUUCCAGAGCAAUGUUUAUUAUAUCUACAUCAGGGCGGCUUAUUUUGUGGUAAACUGCCAAGCUACAGCAUGCAGCUUUUCUCCUAUAGAUCUGACAAAUGUGGCAAAUUGCAGUAUCUAUUCGGGUCUCUGCAUCCAAUCAAGUACAUAAAGAUAUUAGUGGAGGAUUUCAUGCUACCAGUUUUUUGGAGUCUCAAAAAACUGAGUAGACAAUAUACAAUUAUAAGACGUUGCAUUGAAAGAUGGGACAUUCUCCCUGCCACUGUUAUCUGGAAGGAUGCCUAAUGAAGAAUUAAUUUGCUUGUUUAAGGGGGUAUCCUGAAAUGUUCAAGAUGAAGCAUUUUUUGAUUAACCAUUUCAUGAGUUUGGGGAAAUAAAAUCUAGGUCAUAGGACCCCAGAAAAGAGAUUCCUAAACAAAUUGCAUAGAACCCAAGUUAUCCUGCAUGACGGUACUCUGAAUCUUUAGAAUGAUCACUUUCUUUUUUAAGAGCCUGGAUAAUUACUUUUGAACUUAUUUGCAGAAUUGGCUCCAUGAGGGAAUCUGCUUAUAUCCUCAUGGAAUGUGAACUGCACAGUGAGGAUUAUAACUGAAUUUUUAAAACCAUAUGAAAAUAAACCUUUAUCUUGUACUUCUUUAUAUAAAAGAAAUAUUUUUAAAUUACCUAAAUGUAUUUAUAUUUUAUUUACAUUUUGCAUGAAGGUUUUUAAUGACUAAUAAAGAUGCACUGAAUAUGCCCCAAAAGUAAUGUAGCAGCUUUUGUAUUUUGUUUAAAGCCUGACCGCUGAUAAUUCAAAGCAUGUGAGUAACUGUAAUCAAGUGUACUUCUCGUGCAUAUAACUGUAUUCAGGGCACAAGUUCAAUUUAUAUUAACAUGAUCACACUGCCCCACAAAUAAAACAAAGAUUUAUGCACCUAG